AUGGAGUCUAACGAGAUAUAUGACCAAGUUAAUAGGCGAUACGGCUCAAUCACGAAGAGCAGCACCGGACAGUAUGAGCAAACCGUUGCGAAAGCGUUUGGGUACACAGAAGAAGAGCUCGCUGGCAUCCCCGAGGGUGCGAACCUGGGCUUGAGCUGUGGCAACCCAAUUGCACUCGCAAGGCUGAGAGAGGGCGAAACCGUUGUUGAUCUUGGGUCUGGCGCUGGCUUCGAUCUCUUCACGGCUGCAAAGAGAGUCGGUCCUACAGGCAAGGCCAUCGGAGUGGACAUGAACAAGAAUAUGGUCGACAAGGCCAAUGCCAACAAAGCUCACACCAAUGCCUCGAACGUUCAGUUCAUCGAAAGCGUCAUCACCUCUAUCCCGCUACCCGACAACACUGCCGACUGUAUCAUCAGCAAUUGUGUCAUCAACCUUGUCCCUGCGGCGGAGAAACAGCUUGCAUUCAACGAGAUGUUCCGACUGCUCAAUCCCGGCGGGCGGGUUGCCAUCAGCGACAUACUGGCGCGCAAGGAGUUUACCGAGGAGAUGAAGAAGAGCAUUGCUCUAUACGUCGGAUGCAUCGCUGGAGCUAGCCAGGUCAGCGAUUAUGAGGCCUUUCUCAAGAAUGCAGGUUUUAACGAUGUUCUCAUCGUGGACAGCAAGAAUGACUUGAAUGUGUACUGUACCGCCGCCGAGGCCAAGACAUCGUGUUGUGGGAUAAACACUGUCGAAGAGGAAGAGGAGGCACCAUCUUGCUGCAGUUCAAAGACGAAAGAGAAUUGCUGCAAGCCGGAGGAAAAGGAGUCAUGCUGCGGAGCUGACUCGUCCACGUGUGCUUGCCAGAACCAGCCGAGUUCGAUGGCAAGUGAAGCCGAGACACUGGCUGCUCGACUAGGGAUCACAGACUUUAACGAAUGGGCAGGCUCCUUCCAGGUGUAUGCUGUCAAACCCGCGGCGAACUGA